AUGGAGCGCGAGAGGAGCAAGGGGGAGAGGCGCGAGGUGGAGCUCGCUCUCGCCGCGUCCGGCAUGGGCCGGCGCGGCGGGGGAAGUGGGGGGGCAUCCGGGGGUCAAGACGGCGGUCAGGCAGCAGCUGGCGGCCAAAAUCGUGACGGAGAGAAGAAAAAUAGUGACGUGUUCAACGACGACCCCGGCGGAUUUUGCCGCUACCACCAGUCCGAGCUUCACACCAACGAGCAGUGUCGUCUCCAGCAGCAACUGCGGCGCGCGCGUUCGAGAGAGGGCGCCGAGGAACGCCGCUCGGGCGGUGGCAGCCGCGGUGGCGGCGGUAGCCAGCGAGGAGGUAGACCGCCGCCGGGGCCCGGCCGCGGUGGCGGGCGAUGGGCGUACGUUGUGUACUACGCCCACGAUGAUGGUGGCUACUACGAAGACUACGGCGACUACGACGACGGCUACUACUACGAAGACGGCUACCACGACGCCGGGUACGCCCACUACGCCGGCGGUGGGGACAGCUACAGCUACCCCUCAGGGUACGAAGACAGCCGUUCAUCUGACGGCGGCAUCCACUACGUCUACUACCCUCCUGCCGGCGAAGAUUCGUCAUCCGAGCAGCAACGUCAGCCCCCCCCCGCGAGCAGCAGCAGCACCGCUUCCUCCUCGUCCUCUACUCCUUCUCCUGGCGCGCCUCCAUCUUCGGGCUACCUCCACCUCUGCACGGCACAAUCGGUGCCCCUAGGCAAGUCUCACCCUGACGAUUUUUUCAGUAGGAUAGGAGUGACGAUAGGAGUAGAGUCUGCUUCGAGUGCUUCGUCUUUGCUGAGUGUGAAAUCUAGUGAGGGGCCGCCUGGUAGCGAGAGAUGGGUAGCUGACUCAGGAGCCAGUAACAGUUUCACCAACAGCAGCCUACACAUGUAUGACCUGCAAGAGAUCCCCGCCAGUAGGAAAUAUGUCGUUGUAGGUGAUGGUCGACUGCUAGAAGUGCAAGCCAUCGGUAGCAUUAAUCUUAGUUUCUUUCAGGUGGAUGAGAAUGGUGAGCAAACGACGAUGUGUGUGAAGCUCACUGACGUGUCUGUUGUAGAGAGCCUGAGUUUCAACUUGUUCUCAACGCAUGCUGUUUCUCUGAAGCAACAAAUCCUCUACGACAAACGUGGUGCAACCCUCCAAAAUGGACUGCUCUUUGCUAGAGAGGAUAAAGCGUCUGCAGCGUAUGCCAUCCGGUUGCCGUACGACCCAUCUGCGACUAUUGUAGACCCUGCUGCUUUGCCUGCAUUCGUGACUGCCCCCGAUUCCGCCCCCGCCGUUGGCUCCACGCGUUCCCCUUCCCAAAAAGGGGGCUCCGCGGAAUCAUUGGUGUCCGUAUUGCGUGUUCCUUCCGCAGGCUCUGCUACCGUAGUACCUUCGAGUGAGAGCGUCCCGCCCACUGGUCCAACCAGUGUAGUACCUGCGAGUGAGAGCGUCCCGCCCGCCGGCUCUGCCGACGUAGUACCUUCCUCGGCGUCCGAGUUUGUGUGUGUGGGUACUUUUCCGGGUAUGGAUCUUGGAGAUACGAGUGUGCUCACCGACGAGCAGCUCAUGGAUGGCUAUGAUGACACCCCAUAUCAAGAUUUUUUCCCCGUAUUUAUCCCAGAGAGUGACGCUGCGAAUGUGGCUGGUGUUUUGGAUAGCAUUGAUGGGGGUGCUGAUUUUGACUUGGGUGCGGCCGCGCUUGGCCCUGGUGCGUCCCCGUUUGCUCUUGGUUCGACUGAAAAGUCCGUUGACAUCAACCGCUUCCACCGCUCCCUUGCCCACGCUUGCGAGCCUCUUUUGAGAGAAACUGCCCAGCAGAGAGGCAUCGUGCUCACCGGCAAGCUGGAACCGUGCACGGACUGCAUGAAGGCGAAGGGCAGGCGAGGGUCGGUGCCGCGGGGGCCGGGAGCGCGGGCGUCCAAGCCUCUCGGGCGUGUUCACCUGGACCUGUGUGGACCGCUGGUGCCUUCCCUGGGCGGCAACCUCUACCUGUUCGUCGCCGUGGACAGCGCCUCGCGGUGGAACAAGGUGUACGGUCUCCGGCGGAAGUCCGACGCGCUGGCGGCAACGAAAAGGCUGCUGGCGGACGUGGGGCGGUACGACCUCGGGCGCGUCGAGUGUUUCCGCGUCGACAACGGCACCGAGUGGACCCGCGGCGACUUCCGGCGCUUCUGCGACGACAACGGCAUCGGCGUCGAGUUCACACCUCCUGGCGUUCCACAGUACAACGGCGUCGUCGAGAGCGCCAUCUGGCGCAUCAUGAAGGCCGGCAUGGCCGCUCGCCGCAGCGCUGGCCGUGUGUUCAACGUCGACUUCGCCUCCAUCCCCGGCCUCGACGAGCGCGGUGACCGUCUUUGGAUGGAAUCGGCGAAGUGGGCCGCCGACGCUCUCAACCAGUCGGCGACCAAGGCCAACCCCGGGCGGCGCUCGCCGCACGAGAUGUUCACCGGCGAGCAGGGGCCGUUCCGCGUGCUGCCGUUCUUCCAGCCCGGCUUCAUGCGCGAGGAUCGCCGCACCAAGCUCGACGACCAGGCCACCCUCUGCUCUUACCUGAACGGCGGCGAAAACCACCCGAGCGGCACCGUCAAGGUCCUCAAGGCGUCCACCGGCCGCGUCGUCUACACCAACAACGUGUCGUGGGUGACGUCGGCGCCAGCCGGCGAGGGGGGUUCCGCUGGUAUCACCGCUGCGCCGACACCCCCCCCGUUCACGCCGCCGGUCGUCUCGAUCAACUUUGGCCCAGCACCGACGCCUUCGACCGCCACACCGCCACCGCCAGCGCCCACGCCGUCGCCCGCUCCCGCUCCCGCUGCCUCUUCGACCCCUGCCGCAACGCCGCCGCCAGCGACCACGCCGCCGCCCGCUCCCACGCCUUCACAACCGCCCUCUGCCACUUCGCCGUCACCGUCGGCGACCCCCGCUCCUGGCCAGCCGUCCUCUGCCUCUCCGCCGUCACCGUCGGCGACCCCCGAUCCAGACCAGCCGCCGCCGCCGCCGGACCCCGCGAUGCCCCCGCUUACGGCUUACGCCAUGCGGCAGCUUCGCCCGGGUACAAAGGCCGAGGGUAUGGCAGACCCGCGGCUGCCAAGCCGUAUGAGAUCGGGCACAAGGCACAGCACAGGACUCAUCUCGAUGCUAGACAAGAAUACUCUGGUGUCGAUGCUGGAGGCUCGGGGCGCGGUGGACGAGGAGCGCAAGGAGCUGGGGGGGGCGGAGGCCGGAGAGCUGGGGAGGGCGGAGGCCCGAGAGGCGGGGGGAGCGGGGACCGGAGGGCAGGCGGGAUCACUCGCAGCUGUGGACCCGGUGGCUGGAGGAGCGGGCUUUCCACUCGCAUUUGACACGCUCCUCGCCAACCGGGAAGACAUCGACGCCACGCUGCGAGACCAGCNAGGAGCUGGGGGGGGCGGAGGCCGGAGAGCUGGGGAGGGCGGAGGCCCGAGAGNUGGCUUGUUGGAAGCGGGGACUUUUACUCCGGCGAAGUAG